CUUCUCCUGCAUCCUGUCCUUGCCUCUAUCCUUGUGUUGUAUGAUAUCUGGGAAGCGUUUCUCUCCUUCGGCUGGUUUCCGAGGAAGGGUUGGCAUUUGAUCUGGUUUCCCUUUAAGCAUAAAGCGAGGGCAUCACUGCAUUUAAGCUGAGAGUGGGGAGGGGAAGAGAUCACCCUAUCGCCAUCGUCAUCUUGAGUCGCAGCAGCAGUCACAUCGCGUGUGGCUGAGUAGGAAGAAGCGAUGGGAGGGUUGUGGUGUGUGUGGGGAGGAGGGCUCCCGUCUCAGCGCAAGCCCAGCUGAUUUCCCUGUCACUUGUAGAAAUGGUCACCAACCGAGCAUUCUCCCUGGAAAUGGAGCUUCUCCCACCUACCUAGCUGGCUGGCUGGCUCUGCUCUGCGUGCUUCAUCAGCUUAAGUAAGGUAGGGCAGACAGGCUGCAGAUUCACUGGAUGCCAGCAUGGCAGCAUCGAACCUGGAGAACCAGUUGCAUAGUGCUCAGAAGAACCUGCUCUUUCUCCAGCGGCAGCAUGCUGACACCCUCAAGGGCCUGCAUGCUGAGAUUCGACGCCUGCAGCAGCACUGUACAGAUCUGACAUAUGAGUUGACGCUCAAAAGUUCAGACUUAACAGAAAAUGGAACCUCAAGAAGUGAAGAGCUCAAAAGAAAAUGUGAAGAGCUUGAAGCCCAGCUUAAAGUGAAAGAGGCUGAAAACAAUGAGUUGUUAAAAGAACUGGAGCAAAAAAAUGCAAUGAUAAUGGUGCUUGAGAAUACCAUCAAGGAAAGGGAGAAGAAAUAUUUAGAAGAGUUAAAGAUGAAAAGUCAUAAGUUAAACAUGCUGUCGAGCGAACUGGAGCAGCGGGCGAGCACCAUUGCGUACCUCACCUCGCAACUGCAUGCGACAAAGAAAAAGCUCAUGAGUUCAAGCGGGACUUCAGACAGCUCCCCUUCUGGAAGCCCAGUGCUGUCCAACUACAAACCGGCGCCUCCCAAAGAUAAGCAUUCAGAUACUCCGCGACGUCGGAUGAAGAAGAGCCUGUCCACUCCACUCAACCCGGAAUUCGAAGAGGCCUACCGGUUAGGAUCAGAUAACCGCAAGCUGCUCUUACGGGAGCCUGUGGAUGCGAUGCCUGAUCCCACGCCCUUUUUGCUGGCUAGGGAAACCACCGAGAUCCACCUUAUCAAAGAGAGGCCUUUAGUCAUUCCGCCUAUUCCCUCGGAACGCACUGCUGCGGAGCCCCAGAGCCCGGCCCGGGAAAAGCCUCACAAGGCCCAUGUGGGCGUGGCGCACCGGAUCCACCAUGUCACACCACCCCAGGUUCAGCCCGAAGUGGAGACCCUCGCGGUAGAUCAGGUGAAUGGGAGCAAAGUGGUUCGGAAGCACUCAGGCACCGAUAGAACUGUUUAAGCAAACUGUUCCGGGGGUGGCUCUGUUAUGCACUGUGAUCACAUGUAGGGGUACUUGCACCUGAAGUCAUUUUUCUCCCCCCUCAAACGCCCCCCCCCCAUGCAUGCCAAAUUCUCUAUCACUAGAUUAACCUUCUUCAACGAAACCCCAAUAUGACUGUGUUCAUAUUGCAGAGUAUCUACUUAAUGAAAUGCUGUGGCCAAACUCAGGUGUCUGCCUGACUGCUUGCUUCCAAUGCUCCUUCAUUUACUCAGAUGUGUACCUUCUUGUGGGCAAAGACCCAAGCAACAGGCGCUAUUCUGAAUCAGUAGUAAUGACGGAAUCAAUUAGCCUCCUCAUGGUAGCCUUGCAGCACUUGUGUAUCGGCCAUUAAUGGUUCAAGAUAUCCCUCUAUUUAUCGCUUCACAGUCAUGAUAAAUUCUUCUUUGGGGACAGGGGGUGAUGUUGACCACCUGCAGUGAAGGAAGACUAGCCGAAUGAGGCCGUCCACCCCUCUGCAAGAAAAAAAAUCCACCUGGUUUUGAUCCCCAUGUUCAUAUUUUCUGUUAUGAUUUUAUUUAGAACUACUAAAAUCCCAACAAACUCUAUUUUGUUAAUCCUGGCUGGUCUUGUUUUUGUGUCCUUUGUUCAGUAUUUGGGAAAGUCGCUAAUAAUCGCCACCAGCUAUUUUCCUCCGGGACAGAAGCAUGGAAAGGGGGGAUAUCAAGCCAUGAAAGACAGACCCUGUAGAUACGCAAAAUCCUGCAUCCCUACAGUGUAGUGUAAAUAGCCAUUGUCAGAGUUACGUUACAUACCUCCUGCACCGAAUACCAACAUAGUGCAACAUAUGCUAACCUCCAAAUAUGAGCUAGUUACCUCUACCUAGAACAACUCCUAGUGCUAUCAAUCCAAAGAGAAUAUGUAACUGUUUAAUCUCUUCCUCUUUUUAACAGAUUUUUUAAAUAGAAAAAGACAUGGUAUAUGACAUUUGGGGGUCAGGGGCGGGUAGAGGAUGGAAAACUCAGAUGGGUUACAAGUGAAAGAUGUCUUUAAAAAAUCUAUAGAAGAGGCAAGAUGAUUCCAUGAUGAAAGAGUAGGCAAGAAGCAAACUCUAAAUGAUUUUUUGCCAUAGUGGAUGAGGAGUUAGCCAUUUCAAAAAUCCUCUUACGUCUUCCAAAAGUCUCCUUCAGUCAUCGUUGGAAAUUAAUUUGAAGUUUAACCCCCCCUCCCUCCCCAAAAGCACUGAUAACACAGCAGAAAUGAUCUUAAUCUUUCUUGGAGGCAUAAAAACCAAGUAUUAUUUCCCUGAAGAAUGUUUACGAAAAUCAGUUUUCAGGGGUAACCAUGUCAGCUUGUUAAAGCAAACUCAGCUUAAAGAGUAAAACCCACAACAGCAUAGAAGCUUUGUGCCAUAAACAUUUCACCAGAUGCAUAAAAAGAUAUUACCCUGGAUUGUAAAUACGUAGCAUUGGUGGGGAGAGGGCAAGCAAGGUCAAAUGGAACAAAACGCAGAAAUUAGAGAAAGUAACAAUUAUAUCCUUAAUUGUGGUCUUUCUCAAGGCAGUUCUUGCUAACAUAAACAUUGCAUUUUGCCGCAACAAACUUAUGUAAUACUUAUUUUAAAAUCAGCUUAUUUUCAAAAUAAAGGAAAUAGAAAUGAACUGCUCAGUUCAGCUAUCUAUUCUAACCUUCAUUUCCAUUAUAUUUUGUUCAAGAGUCCUUUCAAAGUGAGUUUCAGUAGUCAGGCUCCAAUGUUCACCCUCUAGUUUUAAUGUUGCCAUUUCUGAUGUCAAAUCUGUAUUGAUUUAGUUUUCUGUUCAGAGGCUGCCCUAUUUGUACAAUGUAAAAAACAGGACAGUUUUGCUGACAGAUGAUGGAAUAUACCAUUGGAUUAUGAUGGCAUUUAAGAUCCGAUUAUGACAUUAGGCUCAGUCAAAUUGUUUCCAGAGUAAAUAUGGGAACAGAAUUAGCAUGAGUUUGUUGUGGCCAAUAGGCAGUACCUUCGCCUGGGGUUUGCAAUAUCAGUUGUGGACAGCCACCCAAAACUUAUGGAAGUAGAAUGUCAGUUUUCAGAAUGGUCUGCAACUAAUUGAUGAUGUCAGUGAUUCUGUGUGAGCAACAGAUGGCAAAUGUUCUGCCAUUACCCCUUCCAAGUCUGUCCUGUAGGGCAUCAUUCAUUCCUUGUUGAAAAGCUAAUUGUUGAAAAAAAAAUUAAGCAGGAGUGCUUUGAUUGUGCUUUCCGGCAUGGCAGAUUGAAGUUGGGCUGGAUGGCCCUUGGGGACUCUUCCAAGUCUGUGAUUCUAUUAUUCUAUGUAGUGGUCAGUAUGUUUGCUGAUAAAAGGCAUGUUGAGUCUAUCUUACAUGCGCAGGAGGAUCCAUCAGGCGAAGCCAUUGUGUGGACCGAAUGAUGUUCAGCUUGAUGGCUAAUUUACGUUUUCAAUACUGCUGUACAACUGCAACACCUACACAUUGGCUGGGAUCCUCUUUUCUUUUUUUACAGGCCUGUGUCUUUCUUGGGAUGUUGCACAAGGGGAUAAUUGCUGCCUCUUUGUGACCCAUCCAAACAGACACAUUUCCGCCUCUUUCAAGCUCUGGGAGCACAACUCUCGCCAUUUCCUGGCCAUCCAUCCCAGCUACAGUUCUGUGGCUGGAGGAGAGAGCAGAGGUUACUCCCACAGAUCUCUAGCAACUUGCAGAACCACAACUGGAUGCUGCCUGGCCCAGGGCUUGAAAGCCUCGCUGCCAUAUGUCCAACUCUGCUUCUACAAACUUGAACUGACAUCUUAUGGGAAAGAAAGUAUCUCGCCAUUUCUGUAGAACAGCUUCUGCAUGCAUAGGACACCAACAGGAUUCUGAUCCAUAUGUAUCAAUUAGCUAACACUUAUAGACUGGUAUUGGAUAAACAAGAACAACUACUGGGUGAAUGACCACUGUUAAGAAUGCAAUUGUCACUGGCCAUAUCAACCCAUUUCAUUUCCUUCUGCACUUAGUGUUUGCUCACCCCUGCCAACCACAUGCAUCAUGUAUCUAAUGACAGACCCUAGCCUAUGAAAGCUUAUGAAAAUUAUAAUGUGUUGUAGUCUUUUGUAUUUUCAAAUAUCUUUGGGGCUUAAAAAAAAACCAAAUCGGAUUUGUUGCCUGUGCUGUACAAAACACAGUUCUUUAUUUUCAAACAAAUGAAAGUAUUUAAAUAUUUGUAAAAAUCUUGAAUUAUGCUAGGUAAACACAAAUGUUCUUCAAAAUCACAACCGACAGUCUUCCAAAGGUAGAAGCAAGUGGAACUGAAUGAAUUCUGUGUGUGGCUUUUUAAUAUAUUUCCCCCAUCCACAGAAUUUGCACCAAGUUCUGCUCCUAAUCGGCAUUCAACAAGAGGCAAACCCCUUGCAGCACCCAGUGAGAAAUAUGCUUUGUAGUGAAAAGAUCGGCUUCGAAAACCAGGCCCACGCCCAUAGCGUUCCUCCGCAUGGAUGUUGUGUACACUGGGGUCCGGAAAGUGUUCUGACAGGAAACAAAUAAGAGGAUUUACUACAUACCUGCAAGCCACCAUCGUCACACAUAAGAAUUACUUGCCUUGUCUACUACUUCAAUAUAUUAUAAAAACGAAGCUUUGUAGGUAGGCAAAUUCAAAAGAGUGGGGUUUUUUUCGCUAUAGAGCAGACCAUAAUGGGAAAAGAGGGCAUGGCAUUCUAAAUAUGUAUGAAGAUGAAAGUGCUUUUAUAAUUAUGGUGAAAUGAACUGCAAUGGGAACCUGGGAUAAAUCAUGCACAACAACAUGCUGAUAAAUGUUUUCUAAUGUACUGAUGCACUUAGGAGUGAACGGGAAGGCUGGAACAGUCACAUUCCAGUUUUUGAAAGCUAUCUAGUAUUUUCUGGGAUGAAGGGGAACAUUCAGGAAAAAGGAACUGCACCCACAACUAUGUUGAAAAGUGUGUGAACUGUAUGUAAACAGAAAAUCUUGACUGUAAGUAGGAGAAAGGAUUCCUGCAUCAGGUUAUUCCACGUCGCCUGGAAUUAAAUAAAGACCUAAGACCUGCUCUUGGCAGCUUGUACCUGUA